AUGAACAUCCCGUGUAAUUACAAUAAUAUAAAUAUUAACUGUUCAGUGUCUAUAAAAGCUUCAGAUUUAUUGAAUAACAGAAAUGAAGGUGAUAAUAGAUCAGAUCAUACGUCUGUUGAAAAUAGUUGGUAUAAUAAAGGAAACGUUGAAAAUAAUUACAUCAGUAAUAAUGAAAAAAAUGUGUGCAUGUAUAGUAACUUUUGUAAUGUAUUACAUAGCAACAAUAACAAUAGUAUAAACAGUUCAGGUAAUGAUAUUUAUUACAAUAUUAUUAACUCGCAAAAUAUAGAUAAUACACGUACGGAUGAGGCUAAUAAAAAUAUAAACAAGAAUGUGUGUGUAAAUGUAGAAGACACAAUGAAUCAUAAAAAAAAAAAUAGCAUUAAAGAAAAGCAAAGUGGUAUUUCUUUUGUUAAGUGUGAUAUAGGGAACAGUUUGAAUAUUCAUGAUUCCUUACAACAUAAACAGAAAGAUGAUAACAUAACACACAAGAGUAAUAUAUGUAGCAACAAUGUAAACGUUAAUGUAUUUGGAAGUAAUAAUACUUCAGAUUAUAUAAAUAAUUCAUCUAGUAACGUGUUCAAUAAGGGAAACCUAGAUAUUGGCAAUGUUGUUAACGCUAAACUUUACCACAUGGUUAGUAUGAACACGAAUAGCAGUGAUAAUGGUAUUGUUAAUUAUGACGAGAAUGAAAAUGAUAUUGUUAAAGGUAUUCAGAAUGAUAUGCAUAAUGCUAAUGCUGAUGGUGAUAAAAUAAGAAUUGAUGAAAGCAAGGAGUAUGAUAGUAAAGUAUUGUAUAAUAAUCAUCUUAGUAAAGAUGAUGGAGCUGUAAAUUUAGAAGGUGCGUCUAAUUAUACAUGUAGUUCAUUUUUGAAUAAUAGAGAAUGUAAAAAAACAGAAAUGAACAAAUAUGAAGCUGAAGAUAUGUACUACACAAGUAAAAAAGCUCAUGCAUGCUCAAGUAGUAACAAUCAGUAUGGUGCAAACACAGACUCAUCCUGUAUUAAGAGUGCACAAAGUAAUGUGCAUAAUAACUUGUACAGAAAUGUACUCAUGAAGGGAAAGGAAAGUGUAGGUACUGACCUAAUUCAAAAGAACAAUAGUAUUUUAAGUGAUAGCGUUUCCGAUUAUGGAUAUAGAUCUAAUGUUGAAAAUGGUGAUGCACCAUAUACCAAAUUAGCUUGCCAAGAAAACAAAGUUUCAACUGAUAUUUGUAGUUUAAAUGAUGCAUACAAUCCUAUUUCCAAGAUUAGUGGUAAUGAAAUGAAUUCACUAAAUAAUAAUAUAAUAUACAAUAAUAUCAUAAAUAAUAAUAUAAUUAAUAAUAAUAUUAUAAAUAACAACAUUAUUAAUAACAACAUUAUCAAUAACAACAUAAUUAAUAAUAACAACUUUAUGCACACUUUGAAGAGGACUAUAAAUGAGAGCAUGUGUACAAAAAUAGUAAAUGAAUGUAAGUUGAAUAACAAUAAUAAUUUAUUCAAUGGAGUAAAUAACACGGAGGAUACAAGUAUUAUCGUUAACCAUGUAGAAGGUGUUAGAAAUGGGGAUAAUGUGAACGGUAGUUGUGGUCAUGUUUGUGGAAAAGUCAACAAUGGAAGUAACAAGAUUAGGAAUAUUUUGCUAAAUGAUAACCUUAUAAAUACUAAUAAUAGCACAAAUGAGAGUUCAAGUUGUAGUAGGUAUGAAAAUGAGAAAAUGAAUGUACAAGAUUCAAUUAAUGGAAAGGAAGAAAAUGCAUUAUUAUAUGCAGCUAGUUUUAACCCACAGAAAAUGAUAUUAAGUAGUAAAAACGAACUCAUUGAAAAUUGUUCUAGUACAGUAAAUAAUUUGAACACUUUUGAUAAUUGUAAAUAUUUUGAAAAAAAGCAAGUGAGUACGGAUAGUUUAGUUUAUCUGGAGAAUAGUGAAAGAGGGGAGUUUUUCCCGAAUAAAGAAAAUUACGAUCCUAUCAAGAGCAACGGUAUCCUUGCUGCACAUAUAAAUAAUAUCAAACCAAUAUCAACUUACGAAAAUAAGAACAAUGAGGGUGCCCCACAAAGUUUACACAACCAAUAUAGUACGAGCUGUACUACUUCUACGGAUUCUAAGUUAAAAGUAUAUCAUACCCCAUCUUGUCCCAUAACAGUUGAUAAGAAUUAUAUACCUUUAGAGGAGAUUAUUGAAAAUAAAAAAAUUAUAAAUGAUAAUAAUGUUGUUGAUAUUUCCCCUUGCUCUUGUACAUUACUUGAUAGUAGUAACAUUGUUUAUAUACCAAGUAAUUAUGAACAUAAUAUGGAUAGUGCAAUUGUUAAAAAAGACAUAAAUUCGUGUUUACAAGUGAAAAGAAACUUAUAUACAGAGAAUAAUUAUUUCCAUAAUAAGCCAGAUGUAGAUAAGCAAAUUUAUACAAGUAACCUAGAUAAGAAUAAUAAUAGCAUCAAUACAAAAAUGAUUUUGAGAAAUUGCGAUUACGUGUACAAUGAUAAGAAUGAAAUAAUCACUAAUAGAGUAUGUCAUAAGGAGGAAAGCGAUAUAAUGGGUAGUUAUGUAGACCUAGUGCCUAUCAAAAAGUGUAGAACAGAAUUAAAGAACACAUAUGGAUAUGACUCCCUAGAAAAUAGAUCAAAUGACGUAAAUAUCAGUGAAGCUUGUAAUGUUAUAAGUAAUAGCUUGAGCGCUAAUCAUAAAGAUGCUUAUUAUGAUUAUUAUGUGAAAAAUGAUAGUGCAUGUAUGUGCGGAGAAGGCGGUGAUAGUUCCUCAGUCAUAGGGAAUAAUAAUAACACGAAUAUUAAUAAAGAUGGUAGCAUAUCGAACAAAGAUCAAAAAUUCAAAAUUAACCCUAUUCAUGUAGGAUUCAAGAGCGAUGAAAAUAACGUUGAUGAUAGUUUUAGCAUGUGCAAAUUACUUGAUCAUGCUAGUGGAAAUAAUAUAAGGGUUAACGACAUAAACAUAAAUAAUUUUAGCCAGAAUAAUAAUGAUGCUAUUUAUAAUUACAAUCCGUCUGUUGCUGGCACACAAAACAGCUACAAUGUGAAUAAUAAUUUGAGCAAUAAUAUAAAGCACAAUCCGAGCAACAGUCUGGGUAAUCAUUUGGUCAGUAAUAUGGAGCAGAAUAUGAACAACAAUAUUUAUGAGAAGAUAUCGAGUUCUCCCCAAAAGGACGAUAAGAAAAUAUUCGGUGAAUGUAUGGCAAGCUCAGAUGAUGUCAGACAAGUGUCAAAAAAGGAAACUAAUACGAAAGAGUGUAAUACAAAUAUGCUGAACGAAAUGAUUCAAAUGGAAAGAGAUUUAUUAAACAAAAAAAAUGAAUUAUGUAAGGAGAAAAAUACAGAAGUUUCAACAUAUGCAAACAUGAAUUUAACAGAGGACGUAAAUUCUGACUGUAUGCAAAUGAAUCAUAAUGAGAAAGUAAAUUAUGUAAAUAUAAAAAAAAAAAAAAAAAAAAAAAAAAUGGAUGAAUUGAUUAAUGAUGAAAAAAUAAAUAUUGAGCAUUUAAAAGGAAAUUUUAAAGGUUUUAUCAAAGACGUCGUUAUGCCUUUUAAAAAUAAUUGUAAAAAGAGUAAAACGUAUGAAUUAUGUGCCGGGAGUAACAAUAACAAUAAUAAUAACAGCAGUAAUGACAAUAAUAAUAACAAUAAUAACGACAAUACAAAUGAAAUAUGCCGAGAGAAUUAUAAAACUUAUGAAGCAUAUAAUUCUCAAAAUAGUAUAAAUGAAAUUUGCGAAAAAUUUUUUUUUUUUAAAAAGAAUGUAUGGCCAUAUAUAAAUAACAAUUAUAUAAAUUGUGAUAUAUUAAAAGAUAAAUCAAGAGAAAAAAGUGUGGACGACAAAAUGAGUAACAAAAAUGUGACUUAUCCAUUAUGUAGUACUAAAGCAUUUGAAUUGUGUGAUAAUAAAAAUAUUGUUAAUAAAAAUAGGAGUAACUAUUUAAGUGAACAAAAAUAUUAUGAGACAUUUAUAAGUCCUUGUAAAAAUGAAGAAGAAUUAAAUUAUGAACAAAAUUUAAUGCAUAAUAAAACUAGUUAUGAAAAGAUAAAUGACAAUGAAAAAAACAUGGAGAGAUAUUAUAAUUUGUACAAUAACAAUUGUAGUAAUAAUAAAAAUGAAGAAUGUAAGCUAGAAAAAAGUGAAGAACAGUUUAUGUAUGAAAAUGAAAGAAUCACUAAUAUAAUUAACAACUUUACCACAAAUGACAAUUCAGAAAAUUAUAUCCCGUCAUUAUGUGACUCGUUAAAAGUUCGAAUGGUUAAUGAGGAAAACGGAGUUUCCCCUCAAAAUUGGAUUAAAAAUAACAACGAAUUUUUAAACACUAGUGUAAGCAAAUUUGGAAGAAAUCAGUUCAGUGGUAAUAAUAGUAACAUUAUCAGAAACAGUAAUAGUGAUAGUAAUACAAAUAGCGUUAAUGGUGAAAAUGAUAAAAAUAGGCGAGUUCAAUUGUUUCACCUCCAUCAUUUUAAUGGGAAAAAAAAGAAGAAUGAAGUUUGUUCUAAUGAUUUUAUACAUAAUAAUAGGGAUCUCUAUAAUAACCACCAAAUAAUUGAAAAUAAUCGUGAUGCUGUACCUAGUCUAAUUAAAAGAAAUGUCCCUAGUACUGUAAAUACUAUAAAUGAACAAAAUAAUUUAAGUAAAAUUAAAAAUGGUGCUUCUACUUAUAACUGUAAUUCAAACGGAAUUGCUAUUUCUCUUACCGCGAAUCAUAAUGUUAGUGAUGUGUCUAAUUGUGGAGGUGACAAUGGGGGGAAUGAGGAUCAAACCACUGUUAACCAUAUGUACAAUGUAAAUUUUGUUGGAAAACAAAAUGUGUAUAAAACCAAUAGUAGUAGUAGUGGUCUUCUUCGAACUAGCUGUGGAACGCUGAAUUAUUCAACGAAUAAAAACAUGGAUGUUUUAAAAAAUAUUAGCGGUGUGAAUAGUGUUAGUGGCAUGAAUACUGUUAACAAUUCUAGCAGUAUGAAUAGUACUAACAGUAUUAGCGGAGUGAAUAAUAUUAACAGUGUUAGUAGUAUGCAUCGUGGCGAUAAAACAAAUUAUCAACAAGAUAAGCACAAUGUUAGUGGAGAGCAGACAAAAAAAUCUUUUCCUAAAAAUAUAAUACACACGAAAGUCAUGUAUGAUAGAACAAAUAAUUUACAAUUUGGAUAUGAUAAUAAAUGUGAAUCAUCCAUUUUAAACAGUAUAGAAGUAGCUUGUAAUAACAACCAAACCUGUCGAAAUUUUUUGCAACCAGUGAAAAAUGGGGAAAAUGGUAGUGUCGUUAUUAAUUCAAAUGGGGACAAGUGCUCCAACGGAAUUGUCAUCAACACAUGUCAACCUAAUAAUAAUAAUUCGAUUACUACUACUACUACUGCUACUACUACUUCGGCUACUACUACUUCGGCUACUACUACUACUGCUACUACUGCUACUACAACAACAACUACUACUACUAAUAAUAAUAAUAAUAACUCCGCAGAUGAAAAUAUCUUACAGGAUAACUUCUUAAAACUGUGUAAUAGCCAUUAUAAAAUUACUAAUAAUAUAAAAGAAUUGAAUAUUAACAAGUUAUAUAAUAAUAUGAUGAAUAAGUCCAGCGAUAAAAGUUCUAGCUGUAAUCUUGUUUAUCUUGGCAAUAAUGUGCCCACUUGUGAUGUAAAUAAAGACAAUAGGAACAAUAAAUGGCCAGUUGGUUUAAACUGCUCUAGUAAUAUACCUUUUCAUGGAAAUUAUACCCUUAACAAUGAUAAUGGUAAAGGGAUUAGCAGUAAUGAUAAGGCAGCCCUUGCAAACAGUACUACUGCCGUAGGAGGUGUAAAUGGCUUAUUGAACAAGGACAGUUGUCCCAUAAGAGGAAAAAAAAGAAGAAGAAAGAACAGCGGUAAUGCUACAACCACUGCUACUGCUGCCGCUCCUAACAGUGGUAGAUGUCUUAAAAAAGUAAAACCCAAGGAAUCAAAAGAAAAUAAUGACGAAUUAUACCAGAAAGCAAAAUUUUUACCAAAAAUCACAGGAGUGAGUUAUGACAGAAAACAAAACUUAUGGGUAUCUCACUGGAGGUCUAAUUGUAAAACUGUACAUAAAUAUUUUUCCGUUAAAAAAUAUGGAUUUCAAAAUGCAAGGUUACUAGCUAUUAAUUGUAGAAAACAGAAUGUGAAAUAUAAUGUAGCAAAUAAUAUUUUAAAUUAUAAGUCAUCUGGUAAAUCUUGUUCCCUAUUGAAAGAUAUGGUACUAAGUAAUAAUGAAAACAAUGUUCAUUAUGCAGAUCAUAAUAAUUAUUUAUAUGAAUUAAAUAUGAAAAAAGUUAAUGCUAAAAGUCAGUCAAUCAAAAAGAGAAGAAAGAAAAAGGAUGAAAAUAAUGAAAAAAAGAAUUCAGUUUCGGAAAAUGUGCAAAAUGGAGGAGAAGAAAAAAGGGCUAAAAAUAAUUUUGAUCAAACCAACUGUAGUAAGAACCAACUUGUACUAUCAAAUAUGAGCAGCAAAACUAAGUAUGAGCAAGUAGGUGUAGGAAGGAAAAUGGGAAAUCAAAUGGACAUGCAAACCUCGUUACAAUGUGUAGAAAAAAAAAAAAAUGAAACAUCCUCUGCAAAUAGUAGUACCAAAAUGGUAAAUAAAAAUGCGUACAAGAAAAAAAGAAAUACCUUACAAAAAAUUUCUAAUGAAAAUGAUAAAAUGUGCUACCAACAAGACAUAAAUGAAAAUUUUGACAAACCUCGUGAUGAUACAAAUAUAAACAAAUGUAUGAAUGGAAAUAUAAAACAUGAGAACAAGAUAAAAGAUAACCAAAUAGAUGGUUUCCUUGAGAAAAAAAAAAAUGUGAUAAACAGUCACUUAUACAAGAAACUGAUAAACAAUCAUUUGUAUAAUAAGUUAAUAAAUAAUCAGUUAAGUGAUGGUAAAACUAAUAAUAACAACAUAUUCUGUAAUUUAAUUAAUAGCAGUUUUUAUAUCAAUGUUAUUAAUAAUAAUUUAAAUGCACAUAUGAAGAAGAAAAAAAAUCAAAUCAUAAAUGAACAAACAGAAAAUUAUACAAAUCAUGAAAAUUUUAACAACACUACUUUUUACAGAAAAAAUAAAUGUACCAGCAACACCUUUACUGAUAAUCAAUCUGUAAAUAAUCUAUGUCAAGAAAAUUCAUAUCUGAACAGUAAUCCUUAUAAUGCUAGCAGUGUGUACAAUAACAAACUUAUGACACCUAUAGUACACACAAGUGAUAGCCAUUAUGCCAAAAACAAUGAAAAGUUGAAUAAUAAAAAUAAUACCUGUGUGAGUGAUACCAGUCAACUAACGAGCACUCAAGUGGUGCAGAAUUGUAGUAAUAUGUGCAGAAAAAGCGACGCGCAGAGUUGUAGCAGCUCUCAAAAUAAUAGCGGCACACAAAAUUAUAACAACUUACAAAAUAAUUGUAACUCAUAUAAUUCCAAUAACCAUUUCAAAGAGAAAAGUACGUAUUUCGGUGAAAACAGAGAAUUUUUCACAGGUAAUGUGACCAAUGAAAUGAAGAAAAAUUUUGUAUCUAAUAAUGAGCUUGUGAGAAAUAAUUCAAUGUUUUUGAAAAGCCAACAUAAUGUUGAUGACAACCAUACAAAUAGCAUUAAUAAUAGUGAUAUCGUCAUGAACAGAAGAAGCAGUAUAAACAAAAAAAGUAGUAUGAAUAAUGAAAAUAAUAGAGACAGUCGAAACGACAUUAGCAACAUUACGAGGAGUAAUAAAAAAAAUGAAGAUAUGAAUUCAUGUAGAAUGAAUGAGCUCAUUUCAAAUAAUAAUAACAUACAUGAAGGUGGUAACGAGCUUUUAAGUAAGAACAUUCUAAUUCAAAAUAAACAGUUUUUGAAUAAUAACAAUAAUAAAAAUUUUAGAGACAGAGGAGGAAUUUUAAAUGAAAAUUCCUUUUCAAAUAAUGAGCAAUUUUUUAAUGAUACCAAAUUUGCAGCUAAUUAUAAUAAAUGCGAAAACAUAAAUCAGUGCUUAGGCCAAUUUUAUGAUGACUGUAAAUAUAAUGAUAUACUAAACUGUUCAGAAAUAGAAAAUUCGUGCAUAAAUGAUAAUUAUUUUAAAAGCGAUCAAAUUAAUGGUAAUGUAUUUGAUGGUCAAGCAAAAAAAAUUAGUGCACAAUUUGGUGUUGAUAAAUUAAGCUAUACCAAUUUAAAUAGCACAUAUAUAAGCAAUACAAAUACAGCUAGUAAUGGGGAUCAAAUGGAUAAUGGGAAAAACAAGUUAAUGAUAUCAAAGAUUACUACAAAAUAUAUAUUGACUGAUAUAAAAAAUAAAUGCUUAAGAAAUUGUUCUAUUAAUUUUUUAAAAAGCUUUCCAGAUAUAAAAAAUAUUAUUAAUAAACACAUUGUUAAAAUUUCAGAAGCAAAUUCCAUUAAUACAAUUAAGCCUUACAUUCAUUUAUUUAGUAAUUUAUUGGAAAAAAGAAAAUUACUUCAUAUGUUAUCACCAAAUACGCAGGAACUGUACAUUUACAAUUUACAAAAACUGCCUCUUUAA